CGGGCUCAUCACCCAUCCACGUCAGAGUCUGUCCGUAGGUCCUUGCGAGCGAGCAAGCCAGCGAGUGAGAUUACACAUCAUGAGCGUCCGUCGUCUCGUCCUCUUCCAGAAGCGCAGAUAUGCCGCCGGGGCCACCGACGUUCCGCCGCAAUACGCAGCCAAGCUUGCGUUCUUAAGAAACAACCAGCCCAUCUCCAAAGCCGAGUUUGCGGCGGCGAUGAGGCCGAUCAUGGCCAAGGCAAGGUCCAAGCGAUACGCCGUACCCGUCAACGGAACCUCCAGUUCGUUUCUACUAUGCCAUUACCUCAAGGAACUUGUUGGAGCUGACAACAUCGCGACGAUCACGAUCGAUCACUUUCCUGAGGACGCCGGGAGAGCGGCUGCCAUCACCCGCCAGUUGAAGCAGAUCGGCAUCCAAAACAUCUUUGUCGUCGAUCCUGACUUUUCAAGCCAGCUCGUAGUCACGUCGCAAAGGGCCCUAAUCUUGUCAGGCAGCACCAGCAACAACAGCAACAACAAUAGCAACAACAGCAACAACAGCAACAACAACAGCAACGCUGCUGAAACCCGCCCACCCGAACGGCUUGACAAUGAACGCCUGCUGGAGCAGUUGGCCCGCGAAGCGGUUGUUCAGAACUUUCCGACGCUGAUCAUGACGACCCCACUGGAGGAGCACACUGCCGAGACGAUGAGACGGCUGAUUCGGCAGAGCGGCAUCGAUGGGCUCUCGGGCCGUCGCAUUUACUUCCCCACAGCCGGACUCUUUGGCUGGUAUGGCAGCCAUGUCGAUGUCGGGCGCCCACUGUUGGUCUUUUCUGAGGACCGCUUGCGAGCCUCGGCAGAGUCUUUGGGCAUCGAGUGGGUGCCGAAGCCGACGCUUGCAUCUGAUGAGAAGUGGGAUCUGGCAUUGGGUACGAGCCAACAAGACCUGGUCCCUGGCACCGAGCUGGACAGUCUCAAUAAGUACUCCCUCGCUCUGUUUACCGAGCGCAUGAGCCAUCACCGGAUACGGAUCGAAGCAAAAGUCCUGCCAUACAUAACAAAGUACACUAUGACAGACCCGCCCACGGGAACAGCCUAUCUCAAUCUUUCGAUGGCACCGGGGCAGAAGCGGCAUUGGCUCUCAAACGGCCUGGUUGCCCAGCGGGUGAUCUCUUACCUCGCGCGGUGGACAACUCCGUCGCUUUCCACAACAUCCACUGCCGCAAUCGUCAGCGCAUGGCGGCAACUGAUCGAAGCCGCCACGAAGCCCGUCAAGAUGAAGCUUAGUCGCAAUCCCUGGGGUGAAUUCCAGGUGCAGGAGCAACGCAAGGUUGCCGAAAAUAGCGGCGGCAAGCGACCGACCAUCUCGGUCGGCCACAGCAUCAUUUCGCCGCCUGUCCGGAGACUGGCCAAGAACAUCUGGUUCUUCAGCCGCGCUCCCAUGGCGGUCAAGUCGUCCGAGUCAGGCAUGAGGCAGCAGUUCAUCCCGGUCGAUAUCACUCAGCAGAACUUGGUCCUGUGGGACAACCGGUUCCAUGUCCGGCUCGGGGCACCAAAGCCACCCAGCAGCCAUUCGCUGGUGACCUCUCUCGAUCCCGCCAAGCUCGGCCUGGACACCGAGAAGCUGCGGUACGUCAUUCGCGGCCUCACUGCCGCCGAUGUCGUGCAGAUCCAAACUCGCUUCAAGCUCGGAGUCCCUACGCCGGAGAUGACCUUUGUCAAAAAUACGCUCGCCAACGUGGUCCUGAAGGUCCCGCAAAAGUCGCUGUCCACCAUUCCCGUCAUCGCUUUACGCCAGGACGACGGUGAUUGCAGCUACGUUGUCGCUGUUCCGUCCCUGGGCCUGCUGCUGGAGCCCAACUUGCUGUCAGUAGAGAUCAAGUUCUUGCGGCAGUCGAUGCUGGAGCAGCAGCAGGUUCAGGUUGGCUUUGAAGUUAGCGAUGACGUCAUCGCUGCCAGUCGUGAGCAGUAACAGUCGAUGCUGCGGAGAAGCAAUCACUUUGAUUGACUGAUCGAUCGACUGAUUGAUAGACUGAUCAACAGACUGAUUGAUUGAUUGGAUGGCUGGUCGCCGACGCCCCACAACAGAUGAGUUUGAUGGUCAAUGUGAAGCGUUAGGACCAAUGUGAUCGUGUGGACGGUGGAUUUUGUGGGUUCCUGAAACCACACCUUUCGCAUCCAUGGACG